GUCCCGGUUCGGGUCGGGGUCCGUCGAGAACCGGGCGACGCCAGGCUGCAACCGCGGGGGAGAUGCACCGAAAAGGCAGCAUCAUUGUUUGGCGAUGCGCGGGCCGUAAUGCGGCUUUUCGCUGCUAGGCGUUAGCAGCCAGCUAGCUAGCUCGUGGCUAAGCUUGAUUGGGAUAAACACAGCUGCGUGGAAAGCCUCCAACACGCUUUUUAUUUCGCUUCAAUGGCCGGUACGAGGUCAUUGGAGCCGGAGUCUACGUGGAACCGAAAUAGCCCGGAGAACGUUUAUGCCCCCCCCCUUCCUUCGCAACCACACGCACGCUCGGGUGUUCUCCCGCAUUCCUCUUCAGAUUUUUUAGGCCUGUGCCACGCCCGCACACAGCAAUACUACCAGCAUGAGUAUUAUCCAAGACAAAAUCGGCAAUGAAUUUUUGCGCAACGGUGGCAUGGACCCCAACUUUGCACCCGGCAUGCUGAUGUUCAGCCACCUGCCGCCCGUCACCAGCUUCACGCGGCUGACGUCGCAGUCGGUCAUGGGCGAACUCCCGCAGGACAUGGUCCUCAAGAAGGAGCGCGACUCACCCCCGGAUCAUCAGGGUGCCGGCGUGGCUAACGCGGGGGGCUUCCUCCACAGCAUGGGCAUCAAGCAGGAGCGGCUAAACGAGCUGGAUUAUCGUAUGCCUCUCUACGGCGGCGGCGGCAACGGAGGCGUGGCGGCCAUGAAUUGUGCCGGCGCGGGGAAGAGUGCCACCGACAUGCCGGACAUGUCUUAUGCUAACCACCACCAAAAUCACCAUAACAUGCUCCUGCACGACCUCAGCCACAGUAACGUGCGCUCCCUCGGAGAACCGAUGUCCGGACGAUCGGGUAAAGAGCCAAAAGAUUCCAAAAGAGGAAGGAGGACCAAUGGAGAUGGACAGGGAGGGAAAGCUCGAAGGAAACGCAACGAUGCUGCAAAGGCCAUGAUGUUGGACGCAGACGGAGCGUGCCUGUCCCCCAACUCCAAGCCACAUAUCUGCGAGCACUGUAAUGCCGCUUUUCGCAGCUCUUAUCACUUGCGCAGACAUGUGCUUAUACACACAGGUGAGAGGCCUUUUCGGUGCAGUCAGUGUAACAUGAGCUUCAUUCAGAAGUACCUGCUCCAGCGGCACGAGAAGAUCCACAGCGGGGAGAAGCCUUUCAGCUGCGACCAGUGCAACAUGCGGUUCAUCCAGAAGUACCACAUGGAGCGACACAAACGGACGCACAGCGGCGAGAAGCCGUAUCGGUGCGAUACGUGCCAACAAUUUUUCUCAAGAACAGACCGGUUACUGAAGCACAAGCGUACUUGCGGAGAAGCCAUAAAAAAGGGCCUGGACCCGAACAUGCUGGAACUCAGUGACGCCGAGCUCGGCCAGGGCAGCUAUUCACUCACUCAGGGAAACGCCGGCGCCUCGGGACGCAAGCGGGCCAAGUCCAAAAACGGGGAGGGCGGCGAACGCAAGAGGAAGAAGAACGCGGCGGCGUCCGUGGGCCUGCAGGACUACGGCAUGGAGCAGCCCUCGGGUUCCGCCGUGCAGGGACGAUCGCCCAAGUUGGUCUUCAAAAAAGCGGGCCGCAAAGGCCUGGAUAAGGGCCUCCUUCCCCUGGAAGAUGGCGCCGAGGGACAAAAACUGUUAGGCCAAAAAGCCGGCUCCAUGGAUCACGUGGAUGCCUCCGGGCUGGAGAAUCUGGCUCUGCUCCAGGCGGGCGGAAGUGGCAAGCAGGGCGCCGCCACCAGCAGCAACUACGACGACGCCAUGCAAUUUGUUAAAAAGCGGCGCUACCUCCACGCUGUCAACAACGACUACGGAGCGGGCGCUCUGCACAUGACCUCGCAGGGUGGCGGGGUCAUCCAGGUGUCCCUGGGGCCCGAACCCACGCUGGCCAUGCUGGACACUUCCCCCAUGGAACUCAAACACGACAAAUCGGGCAUCCCGGACGAGGUCCUGCAGAGCCUGCUGGACCACUACAGCCACAAGCCGGAGGGGACGCACCACCACGACGUGGCCUUCGACCUGUCCGACCACCCGCAUCACGUGGACCUCCAGCCGGCCGCGCCCGUCACCCCCGAGUUGGAGGACGACGCGGCCAACGGGGGCGAUAAAACGGCGGUGAUGAGCGAGUACUCCAAGUUCCUCCUGCAGGCGCUGGAGCGCACCAGCCACAGCGGGCCUUUCCCCAGCCUGGGCGCCACGGGGCCCUUCGCUCUGCUGUCUAGCAGUUCCAGUCCCACGGGGCCGCUCGUGUACAGCACCUCGCCGCUGGACUGCGGCUACCCGCCUGUCGUUUCCUCCCCGCUGCCCCUCGUCGCCCCUUCGUCCUCGUCGUCCUCCGCCUCGUCCAAAUCGCACUACGGCAUGCUGGUGGGUUCCCCCUCCCAAGCGGGCUUCCACCUGACCCUGGAGCCGGCCGGCCACCAGCAACUGACCCCGUCUCAGGAGUUGACGGAGCAGCUGGAGAAGCAGCACUCUCCCGGAGCCUUCAACCUACCUCCCCAGGAUCUGACCGCACCGCCGGAAAGCUCUAAGGGGCAACCGACUAAGCCCGGGGGGAGCUCCGGCGCCAGCGCCGCCCCCGCCAACGCUUCCGGCUACUCGGACCUGUCUCCUCUCAAUCCCCCGAAAGAGUCGGCCACCUACCAGAUUGAGAAUUUCGCCCAGGCCUUCGGUUCCCAGUUCAAGUCAGGGCGCCGCACCCCACUGAGCUACAGCGCCGACCCCGGGGCGGACGUGGACCACAGGAUACGGACUCCGGUGUCCGAAUUCUCAGGGUACAGCAGCUUGUUAGCUGACGUCAGCGAGCCAGUGAGUACAGGAUCAAAAACCCCGACAAGCCAAAGUUUCAGAUAAGGGUCAAACGAGGUCAACCCGGUCAAGGGGGGGGGGGGCGCUGUUCUCGUCCAUUCUAACCCCCCUUUAUUCAUCCCAAUUUUGUUCUUGUAGCAAAAUAUUUUUUUUUUAUUUAAAAAAAAAAAAAAAAAAAAACACUGCCAUUAAAUGUUGAUGCAAACAUGACCAGGGAGGGUCUUCCAUGGCCUCUAAUGCAAUUUUUUAAAUUCUUAUUUUAUGUUUUUAGUCGCUUACAUUUUGUUGGGAAAAAGUAGUGAUUUUUACCAGCGUAAACCGUAGACUUCAAUGUAAUUUAAAACAUUUGGAGGGUAGACAUGAACAUUACUCUCGCAACCCUUGUGUUUUACCAAUCAUCAUACCAUUGUAAAGUAAUGUUGAAUUACAAAAAAAAGAAAAAAAAAAAUACAAAAAAAACAACACUUGUGGCAGGGAAAGCCCAGAACUCAAAUGGCAAAAAAAAGUAUAUAUUGUCUGUUACAAGCAACAUAUUAACUCAGGAAAUAGGCAAAAUUGUGUAAUAAGACUUUGUAUGAUGAGAUGCAAUUAGCACAGUUUCUACAGGUGUACUUUGAAACUACAAAGCUUUGAUUUGCUUAUUUUUAUUAUUUUAAUACUCAUGAUCACGUUUGUACAGAGACCCCCUGGUGCCAAGGUAUGAGAAUUUUUUCUUUUUUCUUUUUUUUUUUUAUUGAGGUGGAUAAUCUGUUCCCUUAGUAUACUUCAACACUAAAAAUGGCUGCGCUGGCUUCCAUUUUGAUUUUGUAGCAAAGCGAGUCAAAAUUAUUGAUUUCGUCUAACAACGGAAUCUACUCAUGGCAAAAAAUCAAAUGGUGGACUUUUCAAACUGAAAAAAUAUUUUAUGCCAAGUUGCCAACCCCAUUUUUCAAAGUGUCUUAUUUAUAAUUGAUGUUUUGCUUCUUUUAGAAUCUGAAAUCAAUGAGAAUAUCAACGUCAUUGCCUAAACAUUCCCACCUACAGGUGAGAGUCAACCCAGGGUAAACUGAGUUUUUUAUUUUAUAAUUGAAGUAACAGAUUCUUAAACUGUGAAAAGACACAAUUUAGUAAUUUUUAAAUUUGGGGAAUAGAUUACUAAAGUGAGACAUAAGAUUCCUCGAUUGUUGUGACUAGUUUAACUAAUGAGAACAGAUUCCUUAACUGUGGGAACAAAUUACUAAUUUUUUUAAUCGAUGGAACAAAUUCGAAAAGUCGUGGGAUCAUCUUGCUUAACUCACAGCAGUUUUUAUUUAAUUAAAGGUACAAAUUACAGAAGUAGAAAAGUAUUACAAAAUUUUGAAGAAAAGAUUUCUAAACGGGAACAUAUUACUAGAGGGGGGGGAAAAUUAAAAAACAAAAUAAUCGCUCAAAUAAGUUUUCUUUAAAGCAACACUUGGUAACUUUUCAGGUUUUUUUUUCGAUUUUAGCGACGCCGGUAGACAAAAGCAUGUGUUUUGCCUUCAGGAAGACUGUGUUUCCCAUGAGGACCAGCGCACACCCGCGUAGUUUUGUAAAAUCAUGAUGACUUUCCUCGUCCCCACCAAGUCGGCGAGCAUUGUUUACAUCAUAUUCGUCUUGCACAUUUAUGCCAUGAGGUGAUAUGUUCGUUUAGCAUCUGUGGGAUGUGUUGUAAGUCCGAUUGAGUGUAAAGUGCUUAGUUGCCGCCAUGUUUUGUGGCCAAAUUGAUCGCAUGUGUGUACGGAGUUGUGACACACUCUGAUCUCGCUGCGGGUGGUCAUGUGGUUCAUGUAUGCGUGAUUAGUUCCAAGCACAAGCACUGCUGUAAUGGUUUUCAAUGGAACUUACAGAGGUGAUUGCGACAUUUAUGGGAAAAUGGAUAAAACCACGUAUCUAAGUACUUCUUUGAUUGUUUCAAACAAAUUCCAUGCAGUUUGUCAGUUGUUUGUUAGUUUCAGGGGCUCCAGAAUGGCUAAGCUAGGGCGAGUCAACGGUGGUUGAAAUCAAUUCCAUCGACUAAUUAAAGCAACACUUUGGUAGGUUUCAGUUUUGGUAGAUUUUAGCGACGCCGGUGGACAAAAGCGGUAGUGUUUUGCCUUUAGGAACGCUGCAUUUCCCAUGAGGACCAGUGCACACCCGCAGUGUCGUAAAAUCAUCAAUGAAUCAAUCUCCCGGUCAUUGGCGGAGUUUGACUUUUGAGGCGGGGGGGGGCACAACAUGUUGAUGACCCCAAAAAGCAGUGUCAGCAAUAAAAUUAACUUACAAGAAUAUUUAUAAUAAAUAAUAAUAAAGCGUUUUUUGUUUUCCAUCAUUCUUGAGGGGAAUUCUAAAUCAGGCUGCUUAGUCAAUACUUUUCACCAAGAUCGUCAUCCAUUGAAUAUGGUACGCCCGCCGGUGUCGUGCCAAUGUAGUUACCCCAGUCAAAAAUUGCAUCCCCUGGGCGGAGCCAUGUUGAGGUACAUUUGUCUUUAUUAUUCAAUCCAAAAAAAAAGUCGCUUCAAUAAAAAAAAAGUUGCUUCAAUCAAAAUGUAUUUUCAACCCCCCAAAAAAAGUCGCUUUUUGCUUGAAUGCAAUUUGUUUGAAUGCAACAAUAAAUUUGAAACAAAAAACUUAAACAAAAAAAAAAAGCAUGUGAAA